CCCAAGAUCUUGAAAUUUCUUAACCCAAGAUCUUGGCCAAGAUCUUGAGUGAAAAAUUCAAGAAUCCAAGAUCUUGACUUCUUGGUGUUUUUUCCAAGAUCUUGGGCAAGAUCUUGGGUACAAGAAGUUCCACUAGGGAUUCCAUCAUAUUGGUGUUCUCAAAAGAUAAACUUUCACAGAAGUUAUUCUGUAAGCUUAUGGAAAAUUUUUUUCGCGUGAAUUUAAUAUAAAAUGAAUCCAAGUUGACACUUAUUCAAAAUUUGCACUAUACCUGAAACACCAACGUUAGUUCUCUGUAAUUUUUUCUGCGUUUUGUAAUUUAGGCCUAAUAUGACUCAGAGACGCGAAAGUUAUAUUGAAUAUAUGAAAUUACGUGACGAAUCUCACAAUUUCAAUACGAAUGAUAUUGAAACACAUAUUGAAACAUUAAUAACAUACAUAAACAAAUAUUCAUUUGAUAAUUAUUGUUAUUCAUUGAUUCAACGUUUUCUUAUUGAUCUACGAUAUCAGAUUGUGAAGCUUGGCUAUAUUCUUCCAUAUGAUACUAGUGUAAAAAGAAAUAUUUAUACAUUGUUCACCCAGUUAUUAGAAUACCAAUAUCUUCCUGAUAGUUUUAACCAACAAUGUUUAAUACACGCAUAUAAAGUUAUAGCUAAAACUUUAACUAACGAAGAAGAAAUCAUUCAAUUAAUCGAUAGUGAAGAAUCAACAAUGGAAAUAUUCAAUAAAGAAUAUAUUUCUGAUUUAUUUCUUAAAAGUUUAAAACAUUUAACAAUUAAGUUAAAAGAGAAAAGAACAAUGGAUACAAUGGUGAAUCAACAUCUGUUUCAUAAUGAAUCAUUAUUAGAAGAAUUGUGUAUUCAAGAGGGUUUAUUAGAACCAUUAAAUAUUCAAUUAUCGUAUCAUCUGUGUAAUAUUACAAUUGAACUUGACUUUUAUGAUCAUUUAUUAAUUUUGUUUGAUUAUAUUCCACGUGUUCAAGUAUUAGAUGUAAAAUGCAGGUCGUUCAUUUACAAUAGUGCGAACAAAUUCAUUGAUUAUAAUUAUGAAAAUUUAUCCAGUAAAAUAAUUCCACGUUUACUUAAUUUCAAACUUUUUGUUGCUAAACUAAGAACAGAAAAUGAUUAUUUAAUAAUAGAACGGUUGAUUCAAAAUCUUAAAACACUAAAAUAUCUAUCAUUUUUUAUUGGUCAUAUACCUGUAUUAAUUAAAGAUAUUGGUAAUCGUUUUCAACAAUGUUUAAUACCAGAAAAUGUAAUUGAAUUUAGUUUUUAUCUAAAAUGUUCACACAAUCGAAGUAAACAACAAACACCAACAAUGAUUAUGUCGUCUAAUUUUAUUAAUAACAAUGAAUUCUGGUUAAACAAAUUGAAUUGUCAUAUUUUAUGCUAUACCGAUUAUAAUAAUCGAUAUUGUUAUUUAUAUACAUGGCCGUUUGAUUUAAACUCAAAAUAUGUUGAUUGUGUUUCACAUGGUAUUGAUGAUCUACAAACAAACUGUGAUCAAUUAAAACUGGAGCAAGUAAGUUUUAUAAAUUCUAGUGCACAUGUAUGA